AUGGCCUCACAACUCCCGCCCGAUCUCCGGGUUCUCUGCCGGAAACUCUCAUCCAUCCCGCCCGCCCAGCUGCCACACGCACUCCCUGCUCUCACGAGGCACGUGGCCCGUUGCAGACAUGUGCUGUCGACGCCCCAGGAGCAGAAGCCCAAAGACGAUGCCUCUCAGGUGUCGCUCCUGGUCCACAAGCUCAAGACGAGCAUCACCGCGCUCCUGACUGGCCGCAACCUCGAGGCUAGGUUCGCUGCUGUGGGCUUGGUCAAGGCCGUCGUGGAUGUCGGUGGGUGGGAGACGCUCCGGGGGGCGGAGCCUUGGGUGCGCGAACUGCUGGCCAUUCUUCAGAAAGGCGAUUCACUUGCCUCCAAGGAGCUCGCCGUCGUAACCCUCACCAGGAUAUACGUCUUGGUUCACCCCUAUCAGACUCUGGUGAGGGAGAUUGCCACUCCCACUAUCCCGGCUUUUGCCAAGGCGUGCAUUCAAAUCAUCAAACCGGCAGCACCCGGCCAGACUUCAACUGUCCCCGCAGCCAUCAUGGAGACCAUCUGCAAUGCCUUCUCGACCUUGAUCCCCCUCUAUCCCACCACUUUCCGCCCAUGCAGCUCCCAAGCUCGAUCCGCUGUCAGGGGCUGCCUGGCACCAACAAGCUCUGAUAGCAUAUUCGUCUCUCAGUCUCAGCAACGUGCUGCUGGCCGACUCACCGUCUCGCUUCAUCAGACCGCCGCGAAGUCGGGCGGCAGCGACGAAUGGGCCAAGAUGGUGGACUCCGUCCUAAGAGAACUGCAUGCCACGGCCGACCAGGUCUUCCGGGCCGUGGAUGAAUCGUGGCAGCCAACCGAGGGUUAUGGACGCGCAAUGGUUGAUGCUGAUGGAGAGCCCAACGGCGGCUCUGCUUCGUCGGAUCAGCUGCCGCGGUGGACUGGCCUGAGCGCAGGCGCCCAACGCCUGGUCGGGCUGUUCCACCAUCUAGCCGACUACAUACAUUGCCCAACCAAGGGCCCCGUCACCGUUCCCGUUGGCGCCAUCGUCAACGCUAUUUCUAGGGUUUGCCUAAUCGCGAAGCUAUCACCCAAGUCCCAAACUUGGGACCAGGCCGUGGAAACCAACCCCGCCAUCGGCAGGGAAGAAAAGGAGGAGCUGUGGAGUCUGAUGCCCGACAUUCACGUGGCGGCCAUGGACUUGACGCUGGUGAUGCUCCGAAGGCUCGAAAAGGGCAUGGUGCCACUGGCCCCUGAGUUGUCAGACCACCUCGUCCGGAUCUUCAGAUCCGGCAUGGACAUUCCCGCGGUUCGCAGAACUUGCUAUCUCGUCUUGGACUGCCUCUUGUCCCAUGCCGGGCCAACCAUGUCGAAGCCAGCGGUGGCCAUGUUUGAACCUCUCGUUGCCGCCUGUUGCCGCGACUUGCAGCAGGACGCAGGCUUCCUCAAGCCGAGUAGCAGGCCGAGCCCGACGGCCCAAGAUUCGAAGAAGAGCGGCGGCGUCGCCAACGUCGACCUUUUCCUUCAGCCGGCGGCGUCGGCUGCAGAGCAAGAGUUCAGCCUCGAUGCCGAUCACAAGGCCGCGGCCGUCCGUCUCCUGCCCGUCAUGUUCUCCAACCUGCCGCAGCAGCACCUCAAGCCCACCCUGCGCGGCCUUCUCGAUAAGACGGCGAUAUUGACGCGCAGCCGUCAAGGCAUGCUGUCCAGCGUGCUCCACCCUUAUCAAGACCAGCGGGGACGCAUGUUUCCGAGCAUCCUGCCGCACAUGUCACGGCAGUACCCACAAGAUCAAGGUCUGGAAAUCAUCCGGAGCAAUCUCCGCAUCGGCAGCGUUCUUGGUGAAAGCAAAAUGUACGCGUCCAUGGUUGAGACGGAAGAAGAGGUUGGGGGUGAAUCUGGCGAUGCAAUGGCCAUUGAAGAUGACAACGACGACGACACCGGAGUGGGUUCCGGAAAGGGCUCGGUGCAAGCUGCAACUCUCCCCAAAAUACCACAGAUCGAAGACGGAAUGCCCGUCCAGAACAACCCGUUUGCACUGGACAGCACGGGAACGAGCAUCCCACGACACGACGGCAAUCCAGCAGACCUGCAGUCCAAACGCAAACACGAGGGUGCGGAUCCCAAUCCGCCCAAGCGGCAGGAACUCGAGAAGCCCACGACGAGCGUGGACGCAGGUGCCGCGUCUCGACAGCCGGCACAGCAGAGUGUCGACGAGGAAGAUGAUGACAGCGACGUAAGUGUCCAUCUCAAUAUGGAGCUGGAAGACGACGACGAGGACGAGGUGGAGGACGAGGCAGAUGAGUGA